AUGCAGAAAAUGAAAGAAUCUAAGGCACUUACAGUUGUUGAUCCGUCGAUGAAUAACAACGAAAACAAACAGUCUUUUCUUGAAAAGGAAAUUCGUCAAGAAAAAUUAUCGAAUAAGGAAAAACAAAUCAAAGAUAAAUAUCUAGAAAAAGUUCUGACAACAGACAGACCAACCGAAGAAAGAAUAGAGAAGGGAAAGAAAGGCAAAUCCUCCAAAAGAAAGGGAAAGAAAUUUAAAGAUGCAGGCCGGAAGAUGCCUCCUCUACCUUCAUUACAAUCCAUUAAUCAACAAAAUAAUUUGGAGAAAAACGAAACAAAUGAAGAUUUGCUUACAAGUCCCUGCUCAACUGUAUCUUCUCCACCUGCUUUACCUCCCUCUUGUUCAUCAUCAACGACAUUUCCACAAGCGCUAGUGAGGAGAGACGAACAAAGUGCUCGACAAAACUCUUCCUCGAUCGGUCGAAUGAUUGGACGCUGGCGGCAUACAACUGGUGGUAUACAAUUACGUAACAUAACUCUUUCCGGAGUUUGGGAGAAACUUGCGCUUGGAAUUCGUUCAGAUGGUCGAGAAGCUUUCCGAACUUCAUCUGUACAACUUGGUGAUAACAGGAGGUAA